AAGACGCCUUCACGCAUCUCUGAGCCACUCUCUUCAUGCUCUCUCGUCUCUGCCCAAUCCUCCGCCAUCUUCGUCUCUGCUCCACCGCAGGAACGCGUGAAAUGCCACGCGCCGCCUUUUACCACCAUGCCCGUCUCCUCCAACCCCAUUUCUUACGGUCUUCUCCGAGAACUGCUCUUGUGACCACAGCGAAUCGUCUCGAUGUUUCUUCCUCAUUGUCCACCUCGGAUUUCUCUUCCAUGUUCCGCCGGAGAUUCCACGCCCUUCGCAGCGGAGGAGGAAGAGACUGGAAGCUUCCAAAACCGGCGGGUCGUGUGUUUGCGGAGAGGAGAGAAUAUAGUAGGAAGAUGAGGAAGAGAGCACCUAAGAAGAAACAGGAAUUGGAGCUUAGUGUCAGUAUCUGCAUCGAGGAGCAGCUUCCUAAUGAUCUUGAGAUUCAGAAUAUUGCGGAAAUGCUUCGUCUCAAUGUGCCAAUGGCAAUGAAGCUAGCUUUUGAUGGAUUGAAAGAUUCUAAGUAUAAAACAAGAGAAACUGACAUAGAAGAUGUUGGUGGGUUUGAAACCGUGGAAUUGUCUGUAAUGCUUUGCAACGAUGAGUUCAUCUCUAAACUCAACAAAGAGUGGAGGGACGAAGAUCAUGCUACCGAUGUUCUGUCAAUGUCGCAACAUGUCCCUGAACUGAAGCUUCCAGUACUUAUGAUGGGAGAUAUCGUCAUUUCUGUUGAGACAGCUGCGAGGCAGGCUGCAGAGAGAGGGCACACCCUUCUUGAUGAGAUACGCAUUCUUGUGAUUCAUGGGUUGUUACACCUACUGGGAUUUGAUCAUGAAAUCAGCGACGAGGCAGAGAAAGAAAUGGAAGAACAGGAGGAGUUGCUUCUAAAGAGCCUUGGGUGGAAAGGGAAAGGGCUCAUUCAGAGUGCAUAUGACAUCGAAAAAACAGCUAAACCUCAGCCGGAGAAAUCAGAUGACAGGAAGAAAGGGGAUGGCCUAAGAUUCUACAAACCAAAGUUCUCUUAUAUAUUCUGUGAUAUGGAUGGCACAUUGCUUAACAGUAAAAGUCAGAUUUCAGAAGCUAAUGCGAAAGCUUUAAAAGAAGCCACUCUGAGGGGACUUAAAGUCGUGAUAGCUACGGGGAAGUCCCGCCCAGGUGCGAUCAGAAUCUUGAAAAUGGCUAAUCUAGCUGGAUCCGAUGGCAUUGUUUCAGAGUCCUCUCCUGGCGUAUUCGUUCAGGGCCUACUUGUCUAUGGUAGACAGGGGAAAGAAGUUUAUAGAGGAAACUUGGACCGAGAUGUCUGCAGAGAGACGUGUCGUUAUUCUCUGGAGCAUGGGAUUCCUCUCAUUGCAUUCAGCCAAGAUCGCUGCUUGACAUUAUUUGACCACCCUCUCGUUGAUUCUCUUCACACAACCUACAAUGAGCCAAAGGCCGAAAUCAUACCGUCGGUUGAUCAACUUAUAGCUGAAGCUGACAUUCAGAAAGUGAUUUUUAUGGACACGACCGAGGGAGUCUCAUCUAUUAUCCGUCCGUAUUGGUCAGAAGCUACAGGAGACCGUGCUAAUGUCGUUCAAGCUCAAUCAGAUAUGUUAGAAAUCGUCCCACCAGGAACCUCCAAAGGGAACGGUGUCAAAAUGCUACUCAAUCAUUUGGGCGUUUCAGCGGAUGAGAUAAUGGCGAUUGGGGAUGGGGAAAACGACAUAGAGAUGCUGGAACUUGCUUCAUUUGGAGUCGCUAUGAGCAACGGUGCAGAGAAGACAAAGGCCGUGGCUGAUGUAAUCGGUGUAAGCAACGACGAAGAUGGUGUUGCUGAUGCCAUUUACCGAUACGCCUUCUGAGAUUACACCACCACCAGUGUCACACUCGACUCAAGCUUACAACAAUAUUAUACCAAAUUUCAUUAUUGAGGUUAAUUAGAAAGGAAAAAAAAAACAAUGUUCAUUCUUGUCUCAUUCAACUUUUGAAAGAAAAUGAUUGAUGACCAAUUCAUAGAACAAAUAUGGUGUUAGUUUAAAACUAUUCGAAACUAUUUAUUAAAACAAAGUGAUACAAGAUUCGA